AUGUUCACUAAGAUAGACGAAAUCGAAGAAAUGGAAGACCUGUUCGAAAUAACGAGAUCCUUUCGUCUCAGUACAAGAGGAUACAAAGGAGUGGAUGGAAUGAAGACCAGACUGCGUGAAUAUUUGGAAGAUCUAGAGGGAUCAUCGAAACCAAAAGUUGGAGAAACGUUUCAAGUUUUAUCGGAGGCUGGCAAGACAGAUGCACACAAACGUGGAAUUUUGUAUAACCUCUAUGAGGAGGCAGCGGGGUUCUUUAAGCAGUUGGAAGAUGACGUCAUCAUGCAAACCAUCCAGGAAAGCUUGGGAGACUUCAAGACAACCCUCGAAGAAAAUCUCAAAAAUAUCAAACCGAGAGAUCAGUAUGUAGUUCUUGCUGCAGGUAAACAGCAUUCAAUAGUUAUACCCUGUUUGUUGACAAAACUGUUCAACAUUUUCAUUGGAAAUGUGUCUGUGGACUAA